AUGGCUGCCGGCUGUUUAUCAAUCGAAGGGUAUGAAAUUACCUCAAUUCUCAAUAUUCCGUGUUUAGCCCCAACCUUCGACUCGAUGGGCGCCUUUGAGGAGACAAACCUGAUGCAGUUGCAGGAUGACGUCUCGGCGACGCAGCUGCACGCUGCCCUUCUUCGAGAUGUGCACCCGGCUUCCACCGUCAAAAAAUCGGAAGCGCCGGCU